GCCUCGCGAGGCUGCCUCGCGAGGCAAAUCCUCGGUCGGUCAAGACGUGCCUCGCCCGAGGCAAACGCACGCGCUGCCUCGCCCGAGCGUGCCGCGGCCCGAGCCGAACGUUGUCGGUUUUUGUCGAUGUUCAAAGGCGCCUCAGUACGUUUGCCGCGCUCACUCAAGACGGUAGUGUUUUGCCUCGCUUAUUCGUUGCGUGUUAGUUGUGCGUCAUGGAUAAAGAACAGUGUCUUAAAUUAAUACGACUAUAUGGUGAAUAUAGACGACUUUGGGAUGCGCAAUGUCCUGAUUACACAAAUAGAGGACUAAGGGAAGAUGCAUGGAGAAAAAUAAGCCAGGAAAUGAACCUUCCAAUAGCUGAAUUAAAGAAAAAAAUGGACUCUUUACUAGGGUCUUACAGGAGGGAAAAGUCGAGAGAAAAAAAAAGCCGAAUCACAGGAUCAGGUCGUGGUGAAAUAUAUGUUUCGAAUUGGUAUGCCUAUGAAGCCUUCAGUUUUCUAGGAGAUAGAAAUCACCCAGGAAAUACACAAGAUACUUUAGGUGAAGAAAAUGCAAGUCUGGAUAAUACUCGAAAUGAUGACGGUUAUAACGAAGAAAAAAAUGAAACUUCAAACUCGACGACAACGGAAGGACCUAAACAAAAGUCAACUAGACCUAAAAAGAGAUCCAAAAUGAACGAAAGUGAUGAUCUUACUGAUAACGCCAUAUCUGAAGCAUUAACACUCUUACAACAGUGUGCAAGCGAUAAUAUAUCAGAAAAAAAUGAUCCCUAUAAUGUGUAUGGCCAAUAUAUAGGAAAUGAGUUGAGAAAGUAUGAUAAAAUUACAUUAGCAUACGUAAAAAAUGCAAUAAAUAAAAUUAUCUUUGAUGCAGACAUGGGAGCAUACAGUGGUUAUAGUUAUUAUACUCAAUCAUAUGGUGAACACGAUAAUUUAAGAUAUAUGUCUCAUCCCUCUUCCUCAUCGACGCCAUCUACAUAUUCGAUGCCUGCUGCCUCACCAAUGCCUUCUACCUCACCGAUGCCUCCUACUUCACCGAUGCCUCCUACUUCACCGAUGCCUCCUGCCUCAUCGAUGCCUUCUACUUCACCGAUGCCUGCUGCCUCACCAAUGCCUCAUAUCUCACCAAUUUCGAUGCCUCCCCCUCCUCCUUCUCCAGCUCCUCAUCAUUAAAUAUUUGUUUGUUUAAUUUUCUUAUAUUAUUUGUCCAAUUUUCUAAUCAGAUUAAUAAAAAAAUAAUAAAAAUAUGUAAUUUUAUUUUACC